UUCUAGUUGGCGGGAGAUUCCAGCAUGGCUGUACAACCCAAAGAGAAGCUGUCUAUGGACAGCGGGGCCGAAAGCGGUUUCAUCCACUUUUAUAAUUCUAUGCCAGAGAAGCCUGAUACCACUGUUCGGGUAUUUGAUAGGAACGAUUAUUACACCGUGCACGGCAAUGACGCUCUGUUUGCAGCCAAGGAAGUUUUCAAGACCAAUGGCGUCAUCAAGUACUUGGGAUCAGGAAGCAAGAAACUGGAGAGUGUGGUUCUCAGUAAAAUGAACUUUGAAUCUGUGGUGAAGGAUCUUCUUCUCGUUCGUCAAUACCGGGUUGAAGUUUACAAGAACAAAGCUGGAAGUAAAUCCUCAAAGGAUAAUGACUGGCAGUUGGCUUAUAAGGCCUCUCCAGGAAACCUUACACAGUUUGAGGAGAUCUUAUUUGGCAACAAUGAUAUGUCCUCAGCUGUUGGAGUUGUGGGCAUCAAACUGGUCAGCGCUGAAGGACAGAGAUUGGUUGGUGUUGGCUAUGUGGAUUCAACAUUAAGAAAACUAGGAGUGUGUGAGUUCCCAGAUAAUGAUCAGUUUUCCAAUUUGGAAGCAUUGCUUGUUCAGAUUGGUCCUAAGGAAUGCGUUAUGCCUGGAGGGGACACUGCUGGAGACAUUGGGAAAGUCAGACAGAUUGUCCAAAGAGGUGGGAUUCUCAUUACAGACAGAAAAAAAGCAGAGUUCACUACAAAAGACAGCGUACAAGACCUGAACCGUUUGCUUAAGGCAAAAAAAGGAGAGCAAGUUACAAGUGCUGCUUUGCCUGAGAUGGAGAAACAGGUUGCCAUGUCUGCUUUGUCUGCGGUUAUGAAGUAUUUAGAACUGUUAUCUGAUGAGUCUAACUUUGGACAGUUUGAGCUGAAAAGUUUUGACCUGAAUCAAUACAUGAAACUGGAUAAUGCAGCUGUUGGUGCCUUAAAUCUAUUCCAGGGAUCUGCUGAAGAUACCACUGGCACACAGUCUUUGGCUGGGUUAUUAAAUAAGUGCAAAACUCCUCAAGGGCAAAGGUUGAUAAAUCAGUGGAUCAAGCAACCGCUUAUGGACAAAAACAGGAUUGAAGAACGGUUAAACUUGGUGGAAGCGUUUGUAAUGGAUGCAGAACUAAGGCAGUGUCUUCAGGAAGAUCUGCUUCGCCGCUUCCCAGAUCUUAAUCGACUGGCAAAGAAAUUCCAGAGACAAACUGCAAAUCUUCAAGACUGCUACAGACUUUUUCAAGCUAUUAAUCAUCUGCCCAGUGUUGUACAAGCCAUAGAGAAGUACGAAGGUAGAAAAUCAUGAAUUUCUUGUAAAGGCUUCUUUUGAUCCAAACCUAACAGAGUUGAGAGAAAAAAUGGAUGAACUUGAAAAAAAUAUGCAGUCUACUCUGAACAGUGCAGCCAGAGAGCUUGGAUUGGAUGCUGGAAAAAGCAUAAAACUGGAAUCAAACUCCCAGCUUGGGCACUAUUUUCGAGUUACUUGCAAGGAAGAAAAAUCUCUGAGAAACAACAAGAAAUUUACCACAAUUGAUAUACAGAAAAAUGGAGUGCGAUUUACAAACAGUAAGUUGAGUGCCUUUAAUGAAGAGUAUAUGAGAGCGCGAGAAGAAUAUGAGGAGGCUCAGAAUGCCAUUGUAAAAGAAAUCAUUAGCAUCUCUUCUGGUUACGUGGAUCCGAUUCUAACACUGAAUGAUGUCAUUGCUCAGCUGGAUGCGGCUGUCAGUUUUGCUUAUGUUUCUAAUGGAGCACCGGUGCCUUAUGUACGCCCAGUAAUCCUGGAGAAAGGGCAUGGAAGAAUUGUGUUAAAAUCUGCCAGACACCCAUGUAUUGAAGUUCAAGAUGAAGUCGCAUUUAUUCCCAAUGAUAUCAUUUUUGAAAAAGACAAGCAGAUGUUUCAUAUAAUCACUGGUCCAAACAUGGGUGGAAAAUCCACAUACAUACGCCAGACUGGUGUGAUUGUUCUUAUGGCUCAGAUCGGUUGCUUUGUGCCAUGUGACUCUGCAGAGGUGAGCAUAGUAGACUGUAUCCUCGCCAGAGUUGGAGCUGGAGACAGUCAGCUGAAAGGAGUGUCCACUUUUAUGGCUGAAAUGUUAGAGACUGCUUCAAUCCUAAGGUCUGCUACUGCAAACUCUUUAAUUAUCAUUGAUGAAUUGGGAAGAGGCACAUCCACCUAUGAUGGUUUUGGGCUAGCAUGGGCAAUAUCAGAAUACAUUUCCACAAAAAUCCAGGCAUUCUGUUUGUUUGCUACUCAUUUUCAUGAACUUACUGCUCUAGCGGACCAAGUUCCAACAGUCAACAACUUGCACGUCACUGCUCUCACAACAGACAAAACUCUAACCAUGCUUUACCGCAUAAAGAAAGGGGUCUGUGAUCAAAGUUUUGGCAUACACGUGGCAGAGCUUGCCAACUUUCCUAAGCAUGUAAUUGAAAAUGCCAAAGAGAAGGCUUUGGAAUUGGAAGAAUUCCAAUAUACUGGAACCUUUGAUGACUCUGCAGAUGAGCCAGCUAUCAAGAGACGUUGCAAGGAAAAGGAGGAAGGGGAAAAGAUCAUCCAGGAUUUUCUUUCCAGGGUUAAAGCCCUGCUUCUGAACGAAACCUCUGAAGAAGAAAUGGAAUCCAAACUGAAACGGUUUAAAGCUGAUGUCCUCGCUAAGAAUAAUGGUUUUGUCAAUGAAGUUAUUUCCCGAACAAAGACAUCAUCCUGAAAUUCAGCUGAAAAUCAGCCUGUCUGAAGAAAUGGUCUAUAAUUUCACUUGUUCAAUCAGCUGUUUGUAUUGUUGUAGAGAGUUUGCAAGAAAAGAUAAAGCUAUUUGCAACUGUACAGUAGAAUGGAAUAAAAGUAGUUUUUUUCUAUUUGUUUAA